CGCAAUCCCAUAAAUAUAUAAUCCCCGCCUCUCUCUUCCUCUGCAUCUCUGUACUUUUGAGCCUUUCCUUCUUUCCCUAUCUGGGAAUCUAGGGUUUCCGCGAUUCCUUACCCCUCUGCAGAUCCAUUCCCCUCUUCAAAACCCCAACUUUCUCUUCUUCCCUCCUUCAAUUCCGUCUUUUGAUUCUCUCGAAUACCGUUUUGUUUUCUUUUCCCCUAAUUUUCUGCCUUGUGGGUUUGUGGGGUUUUCGUUUUGUUUGGUCACUGAAGCAAACCGUUACUGUCUUCCCCGGUUCCCCCUUUCUCCAUCGCUCGUCUAAGCUCCAAGGGCUUUGAUUGCGCCUAACCCUGUGCUAUUCGUUAAUUAUUUGUUCUUAAUUUUGGUCGGCGCGGGCGUUUGCUCCAAUUUCGUAUUGGGUUUCCGGUGAAGUGCAGCGCUCGAUUUCGAUUCUUUUGAAUUUAGGAAGAAAGCGUUCUGUUUUUUUUUUUUUUUUGAAUGGCUAAGAUGGGCGAGGAAGAGGUUGACUAUGAAAGCGAUCUAGAGGAGGAGAAGCGUCCCCUGGGAUUGCGGAGGCGCGAGGCUGCCAGUGAUGACGAGGAAGUUGAUGGCGAAUUGGAGAAGAAGCGUCUUGGGCUGGAUCGGAGGGCGCCCAUUCAUUCCGAUGAUGAAUCUGAUGAUCAAGGUGGGGCUGCGGAUUAUGAUGAAGAAGACGAAGAAGAGGAGCCAUUAGAUGGAGGAGAAGAAGAAGUUUAUGGUGAAGAUGAAGAGGACGGUUAUGUGGUUGGGAAUGAGAGGGACCAUGGUGAGGAGAUAGAAGGUUUUCAGGGACAGAAAGAGGAAAACACAAUUCCAGUAAGAGGAGAAGCUGGUGAAGUAGAGGGUGGAGACAGAGAUAUGGAGGGUGGGAAUUUGGAAGAUGGGAUGGAAGAUAGGGAGGAUGAGGAUAUAAUUGGCGAGGAAGGGGAUGAAGAGGGGAAGAAAGAGAAUGAACCUUUCGCUGUACCAACUGCUGGGGCUUUUUACAUGCACGAUGAUCGGUUUAGGGAAAGUUCUGGUGGUCGAAACAGGCGAACCUAUGGUGGGCAGAAGCUGUGGGAGUCCAAAGAUGACAAAAGGUGGGGGCAUGACAAAUUCGAAGAGAUGUCUUCACUGGAAAGACAUCAUGACCAGGGUAGAAGAAACUCUAGAGGCAGUUAUCGUGGUCGUGGUGGUAAGAGUCGUGGUCCAGAACAAGGGUAUGGAAGAAGAAGCAGCUCUGGUGCAUUCAGCAAUGGGAACAACCAGAGCCAGGGACCUAAAAGUGUGAGAGGGAGAGGCCCCAGAAAGUAUGAACCUAACUGGAAGAACAGUAGUCCAGCACCUUCUUUGCAAAAUAAGCGGGCUGUUGAGAAGACAUCACAUGGUUUGGGUAGAGCAGCAACAGCAACAGUCAUGUCAAAUCCAGAAUCAGACCAAGUGCCACCAGCAACAAAACAUUCAAGCUUAAAUUCUGCUUCUCCUCCAUUUUAUCCUUCCGGGUCUUCAAGUAAAGAUGCUACUGUGACACAGAAAAAUAAUAUGCAAUCUGGAAGUGCAAGUCGGAAUAAUGUGCAGCAGACUGGUCCACUAGCACGUGGGAAAAAUGUAUCCGACACUGUUGCCAUGGACAAACUUUACAUUGAUGACCGUGCUCCAUUGAGUUCUGGGAAGGCUUUCAACAAUAUUAAGAUGCCACUGGUUUCUUCUUCAAUGGUCAACAACUCCUCACAAACGUCUCAAACCAGGGCUCAUGGAAGAGCUGUACCUGUUUCUGGACAGGUGGGUUAUCAAUCGACUGUCCCUCAGAACCAAGUCAAUAGAACCUCUCAAGCAGCUCAACACCAUGCAGUUCAGCGAGGUGUUUCCCAAAGCCGGGUUCAGUCCUCUGCUCAAGCACCUAGUCAGCAGUCAUCACAGCGUUCUGGUGGAGGAUCUCGAGCUUCUUCUCCACCCAGUUCAGCUAUGUCAGAAAAUUCUUAUGAACAUGGUGAAGCUGAAAGUACUUCAGAGUCUAGUAAAUCUAGGACAGCAUUGGUUGGGCAGGGGAAAGGUCCGUUCAUGUAUGGGGGAGCUCAAGUUGUGGCAACCUCUGGAGCUAUGGGUGUUGUCCCUGGUGAUCAGAACUUCCCUGCAAGACCUGCUUUCUUUCCUGUGAUGCAAAUUGGUGGCCAGCAUCCUGGUGGCAUGGGUGUUCCUGCUCUUGGCAUGGCUUUUCCUGGAUAUGUUGCUCAGAAUCAACAUGGUUUGGGGAAUUCAGAAAUGACAUGGUUGCCAGUUUUGACUGGUGCUGCAGGAGCCUUAGGUGCUGCGUACUGUCCUUCCUAUCUUACUGUUGAUGGCUCUUCUUAUCAUGCACUGCCAGCCGGGCAGGCAUCCUCUACGAGCUCUUCUAGCAAAGAGACCAACGCGAGCAAAUCAAACAAUGAAUUGAAACCUUCACAAAGACCUGGUAGGAAAAGUGACCUUUUACCUAUUCCGCGGGUGACGAAUAUGGGCAACGACAGAAGCCUCGCAGGCUGUGCGUGUUUACAUCAGGCCCUUUGUGUUCUCCAGCAUGGAGUGCUUUGUGCGACAGACCAUCCCAAAGAAAUGUUAGGUAAAUCCCCUUGUGGUCAGGCUUUACAGAUUCCGUUAGCAACAAAACAUUCUGCCAAGCAAGUGCUCAACGCCGACAAGAUUGUUACGUGCGCGAUAGGUGAUUUGAUCGCUGAGAUAGUUUACAGGAAGAGAAGAAUCCCGCGUUUUCUACUGAAGAGGAUUGUCAAUGCUGUUGAGCUCGGGAUCGUUAUGGAGGAGAGCACACUGAGAACAGAUUUGCAUGUGAAUACGUCUAGGCAAUCACCGUUGAGGCCGAAUGGAAACCUUAAGUCCAUGGGAUCUGCUGGAAGAACAACGCCUAGGAACUCUCCUACUUAUAGGAGGUUGAAUUCCAGCAGAACUCCAAGGAGGGAAGGGAGAGGAAGUGGAGGAGGUAGAUUCCAGUGGUUUCGGAGCAAUCGGAUUGUAUACUGGCUGCUUCUGAUUACUCUCUGGACUUACCUAGGGUUCUAUGUUCAGUCUAGGUGGGCUCAUGGUAUUAACAAGGAUGAAUUUCUAGGGUUUGGAGGUAGAAAUCGGAUUGCAGAAGCGAAGAAUUCUCAGGAGAAUAAUAAUCCAAGGGUGUUGCUGGGCAAUGAGUCUUCUCUAGAUGUAAAUGGUAGUACAAUCCAUGUGGAAGAUGGGAAAGGGAUUGAGGUUGUUUUGGCCAAGAAGGAAUAUGAAGCAUCAAAUAAUCAGAGCGUGGUCCCGAAAAAGAAAGAGAAGAGAUCUGUACGCAGGCAACGCGGUAGAGGACGUGGCAGGAAGAAGGCGAAAAUUGAGGUUGUAAGAGAUGAUGUAGAGGUGGAAGAACCAGAUGUCCCUAAAAGGAAUACUUCCUAUGGUUUGCUUGUUGGUCCAUUUGGGACAACAGAGGACAAAGUUUUAGAAUGGAGUCCCGAGAAGCGAAGUGGAACUUGUGAUAGGAAGGGUGCCUUUGCACGUCUUGUAUGGUCGAGGAAAUUCGUUUUGAUUUUCCACGAGCUCUCCAUGACUGGAGCUCCACUUUCCAUGUUGGAAUUAGCAUCAGAACUUUUGAGCUGUGGGGCCACUGUUUCGGUUGUAGUUCUCAGCAGGAAAGGUGGGCUGAUGCCAGAACUUACCAAGAGAAGGAUCAAAGUGCUUGAUGAUAAAGCAGAUUUCAGCUUCAAAACUGCCAUGAAGGCUGAUCUUGUCAUUGCUGGAUCAGCAGUUUGUGCAUCGUGGAUAGAUCAAUAUAUUACUCGGUUUCCAGCUGGGGGAAGUCAAAUUGUGUGGUGGAUUAUGGAAAACAGGAGGGAGUACUUUGAUCGCUCGAAGAUUGUCCUUGACAGAGUCAAAAUGCUAGUCUUUCUUUCUGAAUCCCAGGCCAGACAAUGGCAAACUUGGUGUGAGGGAGAAAGCAUCAAGCUCAGAUCCCCACCAGCUGUGGUGGAACUUUCUGUCAAUGACGAGUUGGCUUUUGUAGCUGGGAUCCCAUGUUCACUAAAUUCUCCAUCUUCUAGCCCGGAGAAGAUGGUCGAGAAGAAACAGUUACUCCGGGAUUCAGUUAGGAGAGAGAUGGGAUUGAAUGAUAGUGAUAUGCUUGUGAUGUCUCUCAGCAGCAUAAACCCUGGCAAGGGUCAGCUGUUACUUCUUGAAUCAGCAAAGCUGUUGAUUGAACAUGAUGAUCUACAAAAAGGAAGGAAUUCGGAUGUAGAGAGAGAUCUAUCUGACCUGGCCGGGAAACAUCAUUUAAGAUCGUUGUUGCAAGACACACAUCUUAGGAGGGUUCUUUCUUACAGUGCAGUAGCACAGGAAUCGAAACUUAAAGUUCUUGUGGGCUCUGUUGGAUCCAAGAGCAAUAAGGUGCCUUACGUUAAGGAACUUUUGGGUUUCUUAUCCCGGCAUUCAAAUUUGUCAAAGUCGGUCUUGUGGACUCCAGCAACAACUAGGGUGGCAUCACUUUAUUCUGCAGCAGAUGUUUAUGUCAUAAACUCCCAGGUGUUAGGAACAGAAGCUGGAGGGACGAUAGAAAUCGUGGAGAACAACGUAACGGGGCUCCUCCACCCGGUGGGGCGUCCAGGGAGUCGUGUUCUUGCCGAGAACCUAAGAUUCUUGCUCGAGAAUCCGGAAGUGAGGAAAGAAAUGGGGAUGAAAGGGAGGCAGAAAGUAGAGAGGAAGUACCUGAAGAAGCAUAUGUACAAGAAGUUCGGUGAGGUGCUGUACAAGUGUAUGCAAAUCAAAUGAAAAACGUUUGGGCCUGUUAUAGAGAGAACACAUACUAUUCUUUCAUUGGUUUUUUUUGGGGCAACUGAAGGCCAAUCCACUAGCGUGGAUUCCUGAUACAUGCGUGUACUUGCGUUACUGUCUUUGUUGUAUCCAAAUGUUACCAAUUUGUAUUCCAAUACUGGCGAGGGAGCAGACGGUGGCUGGCAGCAAUCCAUUAUGGCGAUAUCCAACAUUCUGUUCAUGGUGGUAUAUUUCAAGUUUCAAAUUAAGCACGAUUUA